AUGUCCGCAAACACAGAUAUUCCUUCCUUCUAUACGAAGGUGACUGAGGCCGAUAGGCAUGUUGGAGCAGACGAGGAGGAUGAAGAAGAAGAAGAAGAAGACGGCGAGCCUGGACUGACAGAGACAAUAAUACAACCGCCAGCUCGCAGAGAAGAUCAGCACCAUUCAUCAUGGGAAGACACGAUCCAUCGACCAACAAGACACGAACUACAAGAUGGCGAUGGACAGAACAUGGAGCUUUCAGAGAUGACUAUCCCACCGCCAGUUCGACCUGAGCAACAACGUGACUCACUCGAAGCAGCCCUGCAGAGGACGAACUCAUCGAAAAAUCAGCAAAGAAGGAGUCGAGACAGCACUGUGGGAGCAGUCAAUGCAGACGAUCGACCUUCGGACGAAGAGACGGCGGUCGACUUACCAGCGCAAGAAAAAGAUCCGGAAGACCAAGGGAAAGAUUUGCAGACACAAGCAUACAAGCCGUCGCCGUUCAUCACCGAAUUCGUCACGCUGUCGUACUUGGUCUUCUUCUCGCUAUUAGGCACCUUGGCAAGACUAGGGGUCAACGCUAUAACGUUAUAUCCAAAUACACCAGUGACCUCUCGAGUCCUGUGGGCAAACCUUGGGGGCUCACUUGUAAUGGGCUUUCUGGCCGAGGAUCGACGCCUUUUUCGACAUGAAUGGGGCUCACCAGAUCUCAAUGCCUCAGCCGCGGCACAUGGAAAGAUCAAGAAGACAAUACCUCUUUACAUCGGCCUUGCGACUGGAUUUUGUGGAAGCUUUACCUCGUUCUCUUCUUUUAUCCGUGAUUGCUUCCUGGCUUUGACCAACGACCUAGUGGGACCUUCACCUACGUCCGCUUACCACUCGGAGACCAAGAUUCACUCUAGGAAUGGUGGCUUCUCGUUCCUUGCCCUCACGGCAAUUCUGAUCCUUCACCCUGCGUUGUCUCUGGCAGGAUUAAACACCGGAGCACAGUUGGCUCUUCUUCUUCAGCCCGUGACGCCUACUAUUCCUGUCCGGCUUACACGAUAUCUCCUUGACCCGGCCGUUGUCAUCCUCGGAUUUGGUUGCUGGCUCGGUGCAGUAUUUUUGGCGAUUUGGCCACCAGGAGACCACGUGCACUGGAGAUUCCGUGCAGUGUUUCCUCUGGUCUUUGCGCCUCCAGGCUGUCUGCUCCGCUACUACGUAUCGAAACAUAUGAACGCCAUUGUUCCGUCAUUUCCACUAGGUACGUUCGUCGUCAACAUCGCUGGGACAGGCAUUCUUGGCAUGGCCUUUGAUCUGCAGCAUGCAAGCGGCGCUGGAGCGUCCAGUGCGAAUGCCUGCGCGGUGCUCCAGGGGAUCAUGGAGGGAUUCUGUGGGUGUUUAACCACUGUUAGUACGUGGGUUGCUGAGCUCAACGGUCUACGGCGCAGGCACGGAUGGGUUUAUGGUUUGACCAGCGUUGGCGUUGGCCUGGGGUUGAUGGUUAUCGUAAUGGGUAGUAUGGGAUGGACCAUUGGCUUUGAAACUCCUGUUUGUAGUUGA